AUGACGGACCAAACUCCAACUCUUACUACCAGUGCCCCAACCCCGACUCUACUACCGAGAAUUACCAUCCGCUUUUGUACUCAGUGCAAGUGGAUGCUAAGGGCAGCUUAUUACGCCCAAGAACUCCUCUCAACCUUCUCCACUUCCCUAGGCGAAGUCGCUCUCCAGCCCUCAACAGGCGGCACGUUUGUCGUAGACAUCACCUACUCCAACUCCACAAUCAACAUGGACAAUCAAAACCAAACCCCCACCGACCCCGAGAUUCAAACCAAGACACUCUGGGACCGCAAAACAGACGGCGGCUUCCCCGAAACCAAGGAACUCAAGCGCCGCGUGCGAGACGUUAUCCAACCGGACAGGAACCUGGGGCAUGUUGAUCGGGAUUAUGGCUCCAAUAAGUCUGCUGCUACUGAAGCUGCCCCUGCUUGUUCUUCCAAAAGUGGCGCUGGCAAGACGGAGUGUGCUGAUUGCGAUAACUUGACGGAGGAGACUUAUAGGGAUGUUGAGGGGGGUCAUUCAUUCGGUGUUGGGGAUGGAAGCGGGCAGCAGACUAAGACGGAGAAAACGGAGUCGGUGGGAGCGGGGGGAAGUGGUGGAAAGGAACAGGAGAGCGGAGAGAAGAAGGCGGCUGGUACGGACUGGAUGAGUGAGGAGACUUAUCAGGACUUGGAGCAGUAG